CCCGCCCCGUCCCGUGCGCUGCCGACGGAGCAUGGCGGGCCCGAGUGGCGGGGCCCGGCGGCUGCUGCUGCCGCUGCUCCUGCGCCCCCGCCCGCCGCCGCCGCCACGCAGCAGCCCGGGGCCGCCGCGCAGAACCGGGGGCUCGGCGGCGGCGGCGGCGGGGCCGGCGCGGCUGAAGGGACCGGAGGAGCUACCGGGGCCGGGGCUGCUCCGGACUUUCGUCUGGCUCUUUCUGCGCGGCUACCUGCUGCACACGCACCGGCUCCAGCUGAUGUCCCGGCGCAUUUAUGGCCCCAUCUGGAAGUCGACCUUUGGGCAUUAUGAGAACAUCAACAUCGGAAGCCCGGUGGUGCUGGAGCAGCUGCUACGGCAGGAGGGCAAGUACCCCAUGCGGAGUGACAUGGCGCUGUGGAAGGAGCACCGGGACACCCGGCACCUGCCCUAUGGACCCUUCACCGAGGAAGGGGAGCGCUGGUACCGCCUGCGCCAGGUCCUCAACAAGCGGCUGCUGAAGCCCUCGGAGGCGGUGCUGUAUGCGGACGCCAUCGGGGAGGUGGUGUCAGACCUGAUGGUGCGGCUGCGGGACGAGCGGAGCCGCAGCCCCUCGGGGGUGCUGGUGGGGGACGUGGCCAACCUGCUCUACCGCUUCGCCCUGGAAGGGAUCUCCUAUAUCCUCUUUGAGACCCGCAUCGGGUGCCUGAAGCAGCAAGUCCCCGCUGAGACCCAGCGCUUCAUCGACUCCAUCAACCUCAUGUUCAAGAACUCCAUCUUCGCCACCGUCCUGCCCCGAUGGAGCCGCAAGGUACUGCCUUUCUGGGACCGCUACCUGGACAGCUGGGACACCAUCUUCGCCUUUGGCAAGACCCUGAUUGACCGGAAGAUGGAGGAGCUGGAGGGGCAGGUGGAGCGGGGCAAGGAGGUGUCCGGCUACCUGAGCUACCUGCUGGCCAGCGGCAGGCUCACCCUGGAUGAGGUCUAUGGCAGCGUGGCCGAGCUGCUGCUCGCCGGCGUGGACACGACCUCCAACACACUGUCCUGGGCCCUGUACCACCUCUCCCGGGACCCAGGUGUCCAGGAGACCCUGUACCAGGAGCUGAAAGCUGUUGUGCCGGCCAACCGGUUUCCUGGUGCUGAGGAUAUCCCCAAGAUGCCGAUGCUUCGGGCUGUUAUCAAGGAGACACUGAGGGUCUACCCCGUGGUGCCUACCAACGCCAGGGUCUUCUAUGAGAAGGACAUUGUCAUUGGAGACUACCUCUUCCCCAAGAACACCCUCUUCGUCCUGGCACACUACGCGAUGUCCCACGAUGAGACCUACUUCCCCGAGCCCGAGCGGUUCCUGCCCCAACGCUGGCUCCGGGGCCACGGCUCCCCCCACCACCCCUUCAGCUCCAUCCCCUUCGGCUACGGGGUCCGUGCCUGCGUCGGCCGCCGCAUCGCCGAGCUGGAAAUGCACCUGGCCCUUGCCAGGAUCAUCCAGGCGUUUGAGGUGCGGCCGGAUCCCCGUGGUGUGGAGGUGACGUCUGUGUCCCGCAUCGUCCUGGUGGCCGACAAGCCCAUCAACCUGGAGUUCAUCGCUCGCCCGGGGGCCCCCUGACUGCGUGCCCACCCACACCCCUCCCACCCUGGGUGUCAAGCGGGGACCCCCACUGCCCCAUGAGGAGGGGCAGGAAGGCAAACCCACCCCAGCACCCACCCCCUGCCCAGCUUGGGCCAGGGGGCUCCCAGCCCCACUGUGGGGAAGAUGGGAGGGUUGAGGGAUGCCCCCAAAUUGCCCCUGGGGCAUUAGUGUCCCCCUACCCCAAAUCAGCAGGAGGCUUGGGGAACUGCUGUGCCUUUCACAUGCCACGAGGGGUUGUGUCCCCCCCGUCCCAUGCCCAGCUGGGCUGUGUUGGGGACCCAGGAGCUCUGCUGGGGUUGGGGGGGGGGGAAGCGGGGAGGGGGCUUGCAGCCGUUUGGUGUCUCCUUCGUCCCGUCGUCGUGUAGCCACGCCUGGAUCUGUGCCUGGAACCAGGAUGUCUGGGUCUUCUCUGAACAGCUGACCUUGGCCUCAGUCA